AUGGUCAUGUCUCUAAAGAUGGAGCUAGAUGACAACAUUGGGAUGAGCGGCGAGGAUGUAAAACCGCUAACAGAUGAUUAUGCAAAGGCAAUCCGCAUGUUUUUUGAACGAUACUCUGCGUAUUUGGAGUCAUUUGGACCUGAUGAGGCCUAUCUGAGAAAGAAAGUAGAGAUGGAAUUGGGUUCAAAGAUGAUAUUUUUGAAGAUGAGAUGUGCUGGCCUCGGAUCAGAGUGGGGCAAGGUGACCCUGAUUGGUACUUCUGGACUUGCUGGAUCUUAUGUUGAACAAAGAUCUUAA